UCUCUUACAGGAACCGCAAUUGUUUCGGCUCUGGUCGUCGUCUUCCUCUCUCUCUCUCUCUCUCCAUGAUCACCGCUGCAACUACUACUACAAAACUUCACAGAAAAACUCAUCUUUAAAAAAGAAAAAAUGAUGCACAAAUCAAACUAUAAUUUCCCUUUUCCUCAAAAAUCCAUUAACAGUUCAAAACAGCAGCUAAUUGAUUCCCUCACAUCCCACAUUUCUCUCUACAAUUCACAAACCCCUCCAUCUCCCAAUCAUAAUCCUAACCCUAGAUCCUCUAUCCUCAAAUGGUUCUCCUCCCUUUCAAUUCCUCAACGGCAAGCUCAUCUCACAAUCGUUCACUCCAAUUUCCUCCAAGUCCUUCUUCAAAUGCUUACUAAAAUCCAAUCCAACGGUCAUGGUUCCUUCAUCAUCCUACCCGAUAUGCCCUCCUCCGACGGCUGUGAUCUUCCGAGCAUUUGCUUCCGCAAGUCUCACGGGUUAUUAGCUCGAGUUGCUGAGUCGAACGAGUCAGAACGGCGAGUUCGUCACUCGGUUCGGCUCUUCAGCUCGAAAGAAGGGGAAGGAGGGGAAAAUGGGGUUUCGGGUUUAUUGGAUUUUGUUGAUUCUUUGACUGUUAGUGAGGAAUUUGUGGAGAAUGUGGAUAGUUUUACGAAUGCAAUGGAUGGCGUUUCAAAUGGGAUGUUUUUGAGGGGGGAAGAAAGUGGUGGGUUGAGCUCAGAAUGGGUGGAAUUGGGGUGGUUGAAAGCCAAAGGGUAUUAUAGUAUCGAGGCUUUCAUGGCAAAUAGGUUGGAGGUGGCGUUACGAUUGGCGUGGUUGAAUAAUAAUAAUAAUAAUGGGAAGAAGAGAGGUGUGAAAUUGAAAGAUAAGGUGAAUGCUGUAGGUAUAGGAGCCAAUGCGUUUUGGAGGAAGAAAGGGUGUGUAGAUUGGUGGGCAAAGUUGGAUGAGACAACGAGUGUGAAGAUUCUUCGUCUCGGCUUAGGAAAGGCUGCAAAAUCACUGAUUGCUGAUACUUUGAAGGGGGCAAGAGGUGUUUCAGCGGAUAAAGCUUGCCUAUGCAGUUCGGCGCUGCAACAGCCUCUGGGUAACACUACUUUGUCUAAACGAAGGAACUUUGUGAAUUUCAGAGGGUCUGAUGUAGGAGUUCCACAGAACACGUUUCAUGCAUCAAUGUUUGGAGUUUCAUGUUCAUUCAACCAGUUACUUGAUUGUUUGUUUAUGCUUCAGGAUGUCUCCACUGUGCUGCUGGCAUGUCCGGGUACUGUUGGCGAGUCUCCUGACAGUGGAAAACUAUUUUUUAGUUCAUUAGAAUCUGUUAAUACUCUUUCUGAUAGUAUAUUAAGAAAAUUACGGGGGUUACUCAUGAUUAUUUCUCUUGACUGUACAAAGUAUGAGCUGCUUGGGGACGAAAACUUGAAUUCCUUACCAAAGCAAAACAAGGAAAUACAUGGUGCUUCUAACCGUAAGAAAAAAGGGAAGAACCAUAAAGUGAAGAAGUUUAAUCCUUUGCCAAAAUCUACUACAGGUGUAAGUCCUGUUAAAAAUAGUGAGGAUAAUGGAGACGCAUCCAUGUGUGGUGAUAAUGUGCAUAAUAGUUCGUCUACUGGUUUGGUAGAUAAAUUUCGUGGUGAUAAUGUACAUUGUAGUUUGCCUAGUGGAUCGGUCGAUAGAGUACAACAGAAGGAUCUUGAUAACGGACAUGGUGAAGGACCAGAUAGUCAAACUGUUAGAAGUGCUUCAAGGAAGAAAAGGAAAGAAAGAAACAAGACUAAAAACCGUAGCUUGAUAACUUCUGGGGAAGAUGGUAAAUGUCAGAAAAGAAAUUCUCAAAAGUCCUUUGUUUCUGUCAACUCCCAAGAUGGGGAUCCAAGGUCUGAUUGUGUCCCUGUAGAUUCAGUUGUUCAAAGUGCAUCAAAAGAUUCUUCUGUUGACAAUGAGGGACGUGAACUGGAAAUAAGCAUUCCGAGUCAAAACGGUGGGGAUUGUGGUUCUGCUGGUUCUUUUGAAGGUUGCAGGAAUCCUUGUUUGACAGUCCAUUUGCCCCCAGAGGGGGUGAUCGGAAAUGGAGUGGUAGCUGUUGCAGUGGAAACUACCAAUAGUGAUGGCGAUUCUGGUGGUUCUUCUAGAAUGCCUUUGAUUGAAUCUGAGCUCACUCAUUCAAACUGCAAGGAGUUUAAAACAUUGAAUAACAGAUCAAAUUUUCUUGAGAAACAAACUAAAGGUAGUGAUUCCAACAAAAAACUUACCUCUUUAAAGGAGCAAGGAAGUGUUGAUGUUUAUGAUACAGGGCCUAUGAAUUCACCAUCUUAUGUUUCGUAUGAGUGGCCCAGUGUAGCUCCCAUUCAUCUUCCAUACAGUGAUUCACAUCUCCCACCUGCUACUGAGAGACUGCACCUUGAUGUCAGUCACAACUGGCAAAGUCAUUUUCGUCAUUCUUUUCUACGCAAUGUACGUCAUGUGAGAACUUCUUCAAUUGAAACAGGGUGCCCUGGAAUUAUAUCUAGACCUUUGUCAAUGAGUUUAGAUUGGCCCCCAAUGGUUCGCAGUAUCAAUAGACUAGCUCCAUCAGUUACAUGCAAUUAUGAUGCUGGGUUUAUCUCUAGACGAACUUCUUUCCAGCAGGAUAUAGCAGCCCAAAGCAUUCACUGCAAUGCGGUUAGUACUGAGGAUGAAAGGGUGUAUUCUGGUGACUUUAUUGACUUCUCUGAUCUUUCAAAUUCACAUGAAGUGGGUGAAGACCAUGAUUAUCACUGGAUGUCUGAAGAAGAGUUAGAGGUACAUGCUGUUCCUGGGGUGGACUAUAAUCAGUACUUUGGAGGUGGUGUUAUGUACUGGAAUCCUUCUGAUCAUCUCGGUACUAAUUUUUCACGUCCUCCCUCUCUUAGCUCGGAUGAUAGCUCAUGGGCGUGCAGGGAAGCAGAUAUGAACAGGGCAGUUGAUGAUAUGGUUGCCUUCUCUUCUUCUUACAGUACAAAUGGUUUGACUUCUCCAUCUGCUGCUUCCUUUUGCUCCCCAUUCGAUCCUUUAGGUUCAGGACAUCAGGCUCUUGGUUAUGUUAUACCAGGAAGUGAGAUUACCAGCAAGGUUUUACAGUCCUCAUCAUCAGCAGAUCUAGUGACAAUAGAGAAUGCUUCAGGAUCCUUGUCCAAUUUGUCUGCUGAUGGUGAAGCAAAGUCUGUGGAUUCACUUCCGUACCCCAUUCUACGACCCAUUGUCAUUCCCAGUAUGUCUAGGGAGAGAUCAAGAUCAGAUUUUAAGCGAAGUCAUGAUCAUAAAAGUCCUUGUGUUCCUCCCAGCAGGAAGGAGCAACCUAGGAUCAAGAGACCUCCAUCGCCUGUGGUCCUCUGUGUUCCACGUGCCCCUCGUCCACCUCCUCCUUCUCCAGUUAGUGAUUCUAGAAGGCACAGAGGUUUUCCAACUGUUCGGUCUGGUAGCUCCAGCCCCAGGCAAUGGGGUGUCAAAGGUUGGUUCCAUGAUGGAAUUAAUUUUGAAGAAGCAUGUAUACGCAUGGAUGGUAGUGAAGUAGUUUGGCCUGCUUGGAGAAGUAAAAGUCUCUCAGCCCAUCAGUUAACACAACCUCUACCUGGAGCUUUGCUGCAGGAUCGCCUUAUCGCAAUUUCACAGUUAACUCGCGAUCAAGAACAUCCAGAUGUUGCAUUCCCACUUCAACCUACCGAAAUGCUGAACUGUACUGCAAAGAAGGCCUGUCUUUCAGUGAUCCAUAGUUGCCUUCACGACGAAAUCGAGAGCUUCUGCAAACAGGUUGCCUCCGAGAAUGUGAUCAGGAAGCCUUACAUUAAUUGGGCUGUGAAGCGUGUUGCACGUUCUCUACAAGUAUUAUGGCCUAGGUCUCGUACAAACAUUUUUGGUUCAAAUGCUACUGGGUUGUCACUCCCAUCAAGUGAUGUGGACCUUGUGGUUUGUCUUCCUCCUGUGAGGAAUCUGGAACCAAUUAAAGAAGCUGGGAUCUUGGAGGGGCGAAAUGGGAUCAAAGAAACAUGCCUUCAGCAUGCAGCUAGAUAUCUGGCUAACCAGGAGUGGGUAAAAAAUGAUUCUCUGAAGAUCGUGGAAAAUACUGCUAUACCAAUUAUAAUGCUUGUGGUAGAAGUUCCACAUGAUCUCAUUUUGUCGUCUCUAUCAAAUUUACAAACACCAAAAGCAGAGCCAACUCAGUUGAUUGUAGAAGAAGGCAAUGCAGUAUUUCAGGCUGAUUCGACUUGUUCAGAGUCCUCAUCUUCACCACAGUGGUCCAAGAUGAAUGAAUGUAGAAAGGAUGUAAAAGCAGUUCGACUUGAUAUUAGUUUCAAAUCGCCUUCACAUACAGGAUUACAGACCACUGAGCUGGUUAAAGAGCUCACUGAACAGUUUCCUGCUGCCACACCUCUUGCUUUGGUGCUAAAACAGUUCCUAGCAGAUCGCAGUCUUGACCAGUCAUAUUCAGGCGGUUUAAGCUCAUAUUGUCUAGUACUAUUGAUCACACGAUUUUUGCAGCAUGAACAUCAUCACGGUCGACUAAUUGACCAAAACUUGGGGAGCCUCCUGAUGGAUUUUUUCUACUUCUUUGGGAAUGUGUUUGAUCCUCGUCAAAUGCGUGUUUCAAUACAGGGAAGCGGCUUAUACAUAAAUAGAGAACGAGGAUGCAGCAUUGAUCCAAUUUGCAUUGAUGAUCCUCUGUACCCAACCAAUAAUGUGGGGCGGAAUUGCUUUCGCAUACACCAAUGCAUCAAGAUGCUUAUUCUACUUUGGAAAAUGAGAUACCUUCUCUUCCUAGCAACGAUGAAUCAAAUUCAGUACCUCAAGUUAAGCUGCUCCCAAGAAUUAUCCCAAGCAUUGGGCUUUCUGUGGGAUCUUAAUAUCAGAAGUUUUGAAUCUUGAAGCUUAUUGUUAUCACUAUCAAAGACUCAAAGGUCAAUCUCAAUGCGCAACUGCCUCUACCCAGUAUGGAUUUAAUUCUCCAGCCGCUGAUUCUGCCGUGAUUGAGUGGGGUUCCGCCUUUAGAAACUGGAACUUACUUCCACUGGAUGUCAGAACAAAGGAAUAUCUUAAGAGCUCCUCGAUUCAAUAGAAUCAAAUCUCGUCUGAACUCUAACCAUGUCAGUGUAGCAUGACCGCAUUGGCAUGUUGGAGACAAUUUGCCAUUGCCUGGUUCAUCUUUUUUUGAGUAGGCCAGUACCUGGUUCCUCUUGAAAGUAAUUCCAAGGUAUCUUCACUUCACUUGCUAGAGUGUAAAGGGCCCCAAACCUUUUGUCAUUUGUAGCAGGCCAUUACAGGUUCUUCUUCCGGCUUAUUUGAGCUUUUAACUUGAUUGACCCUGUAAUCUAAAAACUCGCAGUAGCCAAUUCCUUUUCCUUAUUUUCAUGUGGCUGGUCUCAACAUAAGCAUCCUAGAACUCUACAGUGAACUCAUGGAGAAGAUGGUGGAAGGAAGGGUACACUCAGAGGAUCCGAUGUAAGAAAUACAAGAAGAGAAAGGAAGAAGAGAUUGGUACUUGUAUUAGAUAAAUACUCAUGGGGCUGUAGGCUGAAGUGCUGAACCAUGUCAUAUGAUUUCAUCCUAUCUAAAGUACUUUGCAUAGCCAUGUUAAGAAUCUGGAGCUGAGACUGGUGAUCCACUUCAUUGGAAAGAAAGAGAUUUGCAUAAACCCAUUAUACAGCUGAGCUUGCAAAGACAACUUGGCCUUCUGAUUUAUGGGUGCAAGAAGGGGAUCCUUCAUUUAUGCAUGAUCGGAUUAAAUAUCAAUGAAGGAGAGAAAUUUCUGUAUGUACAUAUUAAUUUUAUUGUCUUUGUCAGGUUGUGAUGAUGAUAACAAUUAAGCUGAGCUGGUCCUCUUAAAGCUUAAGAUUGGAAUUCUUGGUAUUCUGUUUGGACUCAGAUGAGUACAACUUGAAGGGAAUAGACUUAAAAGAUUUAUAUAGUCGAGCUCAACUAGUUUGACAUUGAGGCAUUAGUUGCCAUUGUUGUACUUUUGUUGUGUUCAUUGACAAAUAAUCUAAUAAUUACUUGGUGAGUAUUAAAUUACCAGUACUCAUUCAAAUAAAUCGUAUAGAACAAUAAUUAGAUA